AUGUCAGACAAUAUAGAAGACUUCAUUAAGUCAAUUCCAGAAUUCAAAGCAUCUCGAUUAUCAUCCCUUUAUUCAAACUUCCAAAAACUAAAAACAUUAAAUAAAGAAGGAUAUGAAGCAAAUAUUCAAGCAUGGCAAUCCUUAUUACUCAAACUAAUAUCCAAUCAUAAGAUUAUUGAUUCAAACGUUUCCUUUACAACUUAUAAUCCUGAUAUAUUGAAAUUCUUGGGUAUUCUGAACUACGGUCAACCACAAAACUUAGGCAAUGAGUAUCUACUUAAUCACCGCUCUUUUCAUGAACAGGGACUUAGCUAUAUAUUGGUGAGUAAAGAAUCUUACAUAUCUGUCAUAAACGAUACCAAAUCAUACCUAUCUCCCAAAGUUUUUAGUCCGUUUGAACAACUACUUGCUAAAUAUCGGACCCUAUAUUUCAUCAAACAAGCUCAGGAAGCGUUAGAAAUAAUCAAAGAAGAAAUAAACAAACAAGCAACCUACUCAUCCAAACUCUUCAAUUCCGAUUCAUUAUUCACCUUCCUUUCCACUCAUAUCAAAAUCUCCCGCCAAGACCUUGACCUAUUCCUAAAAUAUUGGAAUCGAGACAUUCAGCAAUGUCACGUCCAAAAACUCGACCAAAUAACCUAUAUAAAAUUCUCCCCUAAAGAAGAUCUAACUCCCGACGACAUCCACAUCAUCGACCUUCAAUCCACAAUCCAAAACCUUCAUAACCGAUCCACCCAACUCUCGAACAAAUUAUCCAACCUAAAACUCGAAUUCAAACAGGUAUUAACCCUCCCCAGCAAACAACAACAACGGAUCAAAUUACGUCACCUCCUAACCCAACGACAAACCCUCAUGGCAUCACUUGAGAAAACCAGUGCGAUUCAUAAUGAAUUAUGUGGCAUAUUUGAGAAAAUCAAUGAUUCGAGGAUGAAUAUGGAGGUCUAUAUCCAAUAUCUCGCUUCAUCGGCUGUGUUGAAGAAUAUGAAUUCACGAGUGUCGAUUGAGGAGAUUGAGGAGGUGAAGUCUGAGAUUGAGGAGGAGAUGGCCAAGGCCGAUGAGAUAAGUGAUGCAUUGGUGGGAGAUGGGAGGAAUAUUGUGGAUGAGGAUGAGAUUGAGAAGGAAUUGGAAGAGUUGGAGAGAGAGGUUGUUGAGGAUGAGGAUGAGGAUAAGGUGAUUGAAAGGUUGAAGAAAUUGAAUUUAGAUGAGGCAGCAAAGCCGAUUUCAGAGCAAGAUAAGCAGGAGGAGAUGCAAGAGGCACCAAAGGAGAAAAUUCCCAUUCCUAAUUAG